CCUGGCAUUUGUGAUUAAACGAUAAUAUGAGUAUGAGAGACGAGAGCAUCAGCUGUGACACAUUACAGGAGGAGCUGCUGUAGUCACCUGACUCUGACAGCUGUACCGCUAAGCUGUAAUAUCUAAAAGGGUUGUGUAAUAUGGAUGGCAUGUCGUCGUACCAGAGCAGUGGCACCCGUAAUGGGGACCUCCAGAAAUAUUCACACAGCAUUGGUUCAAAUAUACAAAAAAUUUCUCAAAAUGUAAAGUCUAUGCAGCAGCUUGUGAACCAGCUGGGCACGGAUCAGGAUAAUCAACAACUACGAGCUCAGCUGCACCAGGUUCAACACUACACAGGAGGCUUGGCCAAGGACACCACUGUCGAACUACGGACAUUCCAGUCGUUAACAGUUCCACAAGGCCAGGAUGCUCGAACUUGGCACAUGCAGACGGAGCGGCUUACUCGGGAAUUCUCUCAGGCGCUCAAUGACUUCCAAAGUGCUCAGCGCCAGGCAGCAGCAAAAGAGAAGGAAGCGCUCAAGAAAGCCCGAGCUGAUUCUGACGCUCAUUUCUUUGAUGAUCCUAGCCAUGGAGCGGCCUUGUUGGACCUGGGAGAAUCGGGCAACAGAGGGCGGACACAGCAGUCACAAAUGCAGAUUCAGAUGGAACAAGAGCAAGAAAUACAGGCACUUCAGGAGAGAGAAACACAGAUACGUCAGUUAGAGUCUGACAUUAUGGACGUUAAUCAAAUCUUCAAAGAUUUAGCAACAAUGGUUCAUGAGCAAGGAGAGAUUGUUGACUCAAUUGAGGCUAAUGUUGAAGCUGCUCAGGUCCACGUCUCCCAAGCCUCUACGCAGCUCUCACAGGCUAGGCAGUAUCAGAACAAAGCUCGUAGAAAGAAGAUAUGCCUCUUUGGUAUUGGUAUAGUACUGUUGGCCAUAGUUAUUGGGCUUAUUGCUUGGUCUGCCUCUUCAAGUUAAGGAUAAGUCCAGACGGAAGGUAGUUCUGCUAACACUUGCCUGCCUUAUGAUUGCCUUGGUGAUUGGUCUCAUUGUAUGGGCUAGCAACUGAGGCCUAAUGAGCAUCUUAAAUUUCAUGCAUUUACCUGUACUGUAGGUAAUGGCAGUUGAAAGACAUUCUGUUCCUGUGCGUUGAGUAUUGGUCUGUCCUUCACGUUUUGGUAAAUUAUGAAAUUGUUUGUCGUCUUCUACACAUUGGCAAUACUGGAGAUGACCGAAGUGAUUUGUUUAUAAAAAAAAAAUUGUUGUAUAUAUUUUUUAAAGAUUUCAAUCAUGACUGAAAUUAAGAAAAGAUUACUACCGUAUAAUUAUAUUUGAUGUACUGUAAUGUAAUGUAGUCUAACCUUUGUGAUGAAUUAAUUGAUAUUAUUUAUUGAAAAUGAAAGGCAAUGAGAAAGAAAAAGAAUAUUUUCUUUAUUGUUUUCCUUGCCACUUCUUGGAAGAUGUCAUCUGGGUCUUUAAAGGAAUCCUAACACUAUAAUAAUUUCACUUUCACACAAUGAUACAGUAACUUUCUUCAUUUUUACCGAGAAAAUUAUUACUCAAUGAACUGGAUGAAAUAAUCUUACAAAAAUAUAAAUUAAAUUCAUAAAAAAUAUAAUAACAAUAUUUAAGAGAUCAAGUGUUAGUCCCCCCCCAAAAAAUAUUGUUUGAAUAUAUUUAGUUAUUACAUAGAGUGGUAACCUAGUGUAACACUCCCUCAACAGUGACAUAGUAAGGUGUCUGAGCACAAUUUUGAAAAUAAAUUUAUAAGUACAUGUGAGAAAAGUUUAUGGUUGUGUGUACAUAUAUGGUAAUGUUUGCAGGUACAGUUUAUUGUUAUAACCAGCUAAGCACUCUUCCCCUCCCGUGUACUGUAGUGUUUGAUUAUAUUAUUGACUCUUGCCUUCAGUAGCAGUUUGUAGUAAGUAGGGCAAACCCAUUUAAGUUAUCUGUGAGUAAGAGCAGAGCAGUCUAAUUCAUGCCAUACAAAUGGAAAGAUUACACUACCUUGAGCCUUUCACUCCUGGAGGGUUAAAUCAUUGUCCUUAAAGGUUUAAAUCAUCAUCAUCAAAGGUUUAAAUCAUCAUCAAGGGUUUAAACCAUAAUCUUCAAAGGGUUGAACCAUAAUCAUCAAAUGGUAAACCAUCAUCCUCAAAAGCUUGAAUCAUUCUUCAAAGGAUUAAACCAUAGCCUCAAAGGGUUAAACCAUCCUUAAAGGGUUCAAUCAUCAUCAUCAUCAUCAUCAUAGGGCUAAACCAUAGUCUUUUAAGAAUUGUAGUGUAAUUUUGUGGAAUGAAAAACAUUAAACAGUCUGCCAUUAAUCUACAUUUGUGAUGAUUAAUUUUAGGGCCCCAUGUUGGGGAUGGCAAUGACAAAUAUCUACAACUUUGACAACAGUGUAUGUAAAUGGUACAAGUAUUAUGACUUGUUGUACAGUCCAUCAAAAAAACUAUCCUCUCAGAAUUGUGUUAGACGGUAUGACAACGGAUCAACAAGAGUCGCAGUGUUCAUUCUGAAAUUUAUCGAUCCCCCCCCCCCAAGUACGGAUAGUUUUUUUAUUAACUUUACAUUAGUCUUGUUAAGCUUUUGAGAGACUGUGUUCAGGAUACUGGUUAACAUUUGAAAGAUAUUCUAUGAGCAAAUGAAACUAUGCUAAGGCCUUAAAAGAUUCAAUUCCACAGUGAUUGUGUAAGUUAGAUUAUGCUUUCAUAGAUACUGUGAGUGGGGGGGGCCCUGAUGUAUGUAGAAGUUUAUCUAUAAUAUGACUUGUUUGGGUGCAAAAUUAUGGUGUAAAAUAGUGUACAUGAUACAAGCUAUGACUAACCUUACUAUAGGAGUAUACAGUGGAACCUCUAUUUAACGGACUAUAUGGAGAUGAAAGUAUUAUAUCGAGGAUCCUUUAGAUAUGAAACACAUCGGGUACUGUAGAGACAUGAAGGAAGAGCACUAGUAAUAGCUAGACGAUGGAGAAUGUUUUGCUUCUCCACAGACACCAUUUAGGAAAGUGUUCACUCAUGUUAAGCAAACAAUAAAAGUUGAGUGUAAUUAAUCUAGAAAGUAUAUACUGUACUGUUCCUUAAGUAUUAUCUCUCUUUGCACCUAACACCGCUACCACCAGCUUAGGUUGAUCAGGAUGGAGGUGUACUUCAUGUUACCCAUAGUGUCCUUUGUCUUUUAAUUAUUAGUAGUGUUAUAUAUAUUUUUUAGGGGGGGAGGGGGUUGUAAUAUAGAAAUUCAUUUAGUUAAGGACCAAGGAAUUUUAAGUUGAUCUUUUCUCUGUGUCCAGUACAGGUACUGUACUUCUUUUGCUGGAUACUCACUCCCCUAGUGUACAGUACAGUACUGUACUCUCGUCUGUCACCAUUAUUGCUGGGAAUUGUCAGUUGUUACCAUUUUAUCCCCCUGGUGAGUCCACUGGGUACUGAAUGUCGCCCCCUCCUCCCCCCACCCUUUGUGCUUUAUAAAGGUAGCAUCUAAUGAUUCUUGAAGAUGCCCAUUUUUUCUUAAUUAGUCCCUUUAUUUAAAGCAAGCUAGGCACCCCUGAUGAUCUCUACAUCAAUCACUGUUACUGCUUGUAUUGUGUGCUAAAACAUACAAUACUGUAUCUCUGUUAGCCAGAACAGCUGGUGCAGAGCACUUUUGGGAAUGAGAGAUUUCCGGGUAACAAGACGACUUGACGCUGGAAAAAAAAUCCCUCGUCCCCGGAAUUUUCCGGGUAACGGAAAAAUUUUUCUCGGAAGUUCCAGAAAUUGCCCAUUACAUCGUCUCUCAAACCCGGACUAAUGCCCCUGAUUUUCAUCUCUCACACCCAGAAAAAAUCCACCAUCCCCAGAAUUUUCUGGGUAUUGGGAAAAUUUUCUUGGAUUUUUCCAGAAAAUUUGCCCCUCAGAAAAUCGUUCCCAAAGCCGGAAUUUUCCGGAAAAUUCUGGUUUCGGGAACGAUUUUCCGAGAAAAUUUCAAUUCCGGCUAUCGGAGAGUGCCGAGUUUGAGGGAGUCCAGCUAACGGAGAUGUUACUGUACUAUGUUUAGCUUGGAUACACUGAACAGUACAGUACUAUACUAUACCAAAAACCAAAUCUUUAUAACAUGGCCAAAAGCCAUAUUUGUUCUUAAGAAUUUAAGUAAUUAUGCCAAAGAAUUUAACUCGUAAGAAUAUUUUACGUAGAUCCACAAUGGACCAUCGUUCGAGACAAAUCUCUAUAAAACAACACAGGAGAAGGGAAACAGAAGAGCACCUUAGCUUUCUUCUUCAUUCAAGACAUCUUAAGAGGCAACUGAAUUUACAGGGACUGAGAGGCUCUUAUCAGCCCCUGUAAGUUCAUUUGCCUCUGAAGAUGUCUUGAAUAAAGUAAGAAUAUGUAUGGUAUUUAGGAGAGAUAUACCGUGUGCUGAAAUUAGUGUCCUCUCGCAUAAUUUGGCCGCAUUAAAAAAAAUCUUAUUUCAAAGGUUCAGGUGGGUGGUGGUGGUGUUUAACAUAACUUGUCCCAACUCGUUUAUAAAAUUGGAUAUCAGUUAAAUUGUAGGCUUUGAAAAGCCUAGUUUUGUGGUUGGGUUUCAGCUACAGUACUUUACAUUGCUAUUUCUUAAGUGGAAGAAUGUCUGAGCACAAUUCUGGGAAGAUUUCGACUCCUGAAUGAAUUUAAAACUAAAGUAUCUUUCUACCACCUCCCUAAUGCUAUUGGUUUUCAUAAAUCGUGAGUCACAUACCAGUGCCCAUGGCCCUAAUUAGAGGAUUUGAGUCCUGCAGGUCCAUACAUGUCUGAGAGCCAAGAUGGGUGACUUGAGUACCAUUGAUUUUCUCACGAGUUAACAUGAUAGCAGCUGGAGGCGACAUACUGUAGUGGCCUCGCGGUGAUCACAAGAUUGUGUCAAGGGUUGGAAGAAGUGAAGGAUUCAUUUCAGGUUUAACUCUUAACUCACUAGUUAUUACUGCAUCAAGGGAUACUUUUGUAGGCUCCAAAUUAAUACAAGCGAGUCGUUUUUACAGCCUUUGCUGCUUCACGCCAGUGUUAUCAAACCAUAAUAUGGCGUAUGAUGGUGGAUGCAAUUUGCUGAAAUCUCAGGUUUAUCACCUUGACAAUUGGGCAUUAAUUGGAAUUUUAGGAUUUGGUCUUUCGUGGGAAGUACUGUAUUGUACUUGUGAUAUCUAAAUAUUGUGUUAAUGAGUAUUCCCUUCACUAAUAAAGGCUCAGUUGAUCGUGAACAAAAUCUGAUUGUUGAAAAACUGAAUAUCAGUUCUGUAUACCAUUAUAUAUCUUAUAAUUUUGUUUCCAAUAUUAAGGCAAAACUAUAAGCUAUUGGAAACUAAUGUCCCAACUUUCCACUUUGAUAAAUUUUUUGAAGAGUGUUUUCAGGCUGGUUAUAAAGUUGAUUUCUUUUAGUUUGUGUUGCUCAGGCAAAUGUUCACUGUUUGAGGGACUUAUCAAGUGUAAAAUGUGUGAAUACAUUUUCAAUUGUUUAGCCACUGUGUUGUAGACCUUUAAUUUAUCACAUAGAAAUAUGAUGGUACAGUAAUAUGUCAUCGGUGUCCCAGUCAUUUUGAUGUAUUCAUACCAGUGGUGUGGCUGAUGGAUAUGAUUUUUAUGAUGUACUUUAUUUGUAUCGUCAAUAAUUCCACUGAAGUAUUUGAUGGUAAUUCUGUACUAGUAAUGAUAUUAGCUGCUAGUUGUUACAAGGAUUUUAUAUAUGACAAGUGAUUUUUUCCUUGGAAAUUGUGAUAGUUUGUUAAUACCCAUACUGUACCGUACUACUUAAUAUACCGAUGAAGUCCGUCUUAGAGAAGCCCAGUACGGUAUACAGCCAACUUUACGAGGUAGACUACGGUAGGUUCUGGGUGUGUGGUGUACUGUACCUGUGGCUGUUUUGUAAUCCAUAUAUUGGGUCUUGUAACUGCAGAAGUCUCAUGUGUAUAUCUUAAAUAAAUGUUAAUCUUCUCUAUCCAUUAUAGAAUUUUUCUCAUGGGCUUCUUCCUUGUUUAAUAAUUAUAUUUGUAAAAAUCAAAAUGACAUGUAACUUUAAUCAGAAUUUUGUAAAUAAUGUGAGCAAUAUUGUAUUACAGACAAAUUAGUCGAAGAAGAGAGUAAUAAGUCAUUUCUAUUUCGAAAUAUUAUUUUCUAUGUUUAGUUAAUGUCAAGGAUCACAUAAUUAGUUAUCUAAAAUUAUAGCUACAUUAUUGUACUUACACACACACACUUCUGUUGUGAUUUUGGUGUGUAACUUGAAUUACUAAACACACCACAUGCUGUAUUGUAGUCCCAUUGAGUCAUAUAUAUCUUUAAUAGUGGAAUAUUAAUAAAGCUUUAUCUAGGGCAUUGCAGGUGCUCAUUUAUAUGUUUGUCAUUACUACUUGUUCUUCAAUGAAGCAAACGACCAUUUAACAGCCCAAAGUUAGUAGACCAGUCAGGUAAUAGUGAAAUGAGCAGUUGUGAUGCAUUUAUCACUUCCAUACUCAUGUUAUAGAAGAGUGUUGUUCAUCAAAGCAUUUUCCCAGUUAUUAGUAAUUAAACUGAGUAUAAAGUAUGCACACAUUGUACAUACAGUAUAUUAUAAAUAUCUGAACUUUUCAAGAACUUCUGUUGAGUUAGUGCAAAAAGUAUAUACAGGUAUACAUAAUAUAUGUGUAUAUUUUGCACCUAAAUGUGUAUAGAUGACUAAAGAAAUACUCCAUUUCUUUUAAUGAAAAAUAUAUAUUCAGGGUGUAUUUAAAUUUUUUAUACAGUACAUUCCUACAUGUGAAAUAAAUACUGUACUCUCAUCACUCAUUGGCUUUAGUGGUCAGCAGUGAAUGUUCUUGCUGCCCCUCGGCAAUAUUCAUAUGUAUAGUUAACUACUAAAAGUCCAUUCGCCUCUCGUCCCGAACCACGAAAACCAAAAUUCGGACUCAUGAACCUGAAGCAGUUGACUGAUACAUAAUUCUAUCCAUAAAUGCUGCGGGGUUUGUGGUUCAGCAAGAGAGGCAAAUGGUCUUAAGUAGUUGACUGUAAGUAAGUAGGCCAUAUGUAUGGUCAUGAUUAUCAACUUAUAGCAUGAAAUUUUGAAUUGAACAUUUUUAUCAAAGUGAAACUGGUAACUGAGCAUUAUGGAUUGGGUACAUUUAAGACUGCAUGUUCUUCACACCACUAUGGUCAUAUGUUAGCUAAGUGUUGUAACUGUGGAGCAUUGUUAUUCUAUGAACACAAUAUAACGGGAAGUGCAGUUAAACUCAUCAACUGUAAAGUAGCAUUCCUUAUGCUGUAAAACCUGUAAUAUAUAUUAAUUAGAGCAUAUGUUUCCUGUACAUAUUAUAGUAUUUUAUGUUUCCUCUGAGUAUCACUGUUGGCUAAGUUCAUUUGUAUUGCAUAUAAUAAAAGUUGGGUUGCCUCUUUAUGUAUCUGAGUAAAUAAAAUAUAUAUUAUAAUAAAA